GCGGCUGCGGGGCGCGGCCGGGCGCGCUGCCCCGCGGCACCAGGGGAGGCUGCCCGCGUCCUCCCCGGCAUGGGGGUCGGGCUCGGGCCGGCACCCCGCGGGCGGCGCUGACCGGAGCGGCACCCGCCGCUGCCGCCGCUCCCGACCUCCGCGCCCGCAGCCCCUCGGUGGGGAGGCCGGGCGGCGGCGGCCGGCGCCCGCGGGCGGCCGGACGGCGCGGGGUUCGGCGCAGCGGGGCUCGGGACCCGGAAGCAGAAGCGGGGCCGGGAGGCGGCUGGAUGGGAAGGAGCGGCGGCGGGCGGCGAUGGGGGAGCAGCAGAGCUCGCUGAGCGCCCCGCGGGCGGCCGCAGCGCCGCCGAGCCCGGCCGGGGGCCCGCGGGAGCCCGGCCCGGACGAGCCGCCUUCGCCGCGAGAGGCGGUCCCGGGCGGCGGGGCGGCCGGGCCGGGGCGAGGCGGGGAGCUGCCGCCGGCCGCCGCCGGCCCCGAGCGGCGAGGGACCGAAGAGGAGGCGGAGGCGGCGGCCGGGCCGGAGCAGCCGCCGGGCUCGGGGGAGCCUGCGGCCCCGGCGGAGGAGGGGCCGGAGGGAGGCAGCGGCCGCCGCCGCCCCCCCCGGCGGCACGUGUACUGCACCGUCUACUGCGUGGAGAACGAUCGGCCGGCGGCGGCCCCCGGCUCCCCCCGCGGCGGGCCGGGCGUGGGGCAGCCCCCGGCGCGGCGUGGGGUGGUGUCGGGCGACGACCCGCUGUCGUCCGGCGGCAGCAUCGAGGUGGUGGACUUGUACCUGCUGCCCGAGCCCUUCUCCGGGCUGAUCGCGGGCGAGUUCGGGCCGCUGCUGGUGCUGAGCUGCCGCGUGUGCCUGGAGGAGAAGCCCAUCAAGCCCCUGUCCUGCUGCAAGAAGGCGGUGUGCGAGGAGUGCCUCCGGCGGUACCUCAGCUCCCAGGUGCAGCUGGGACAAGCGGAUAUCAAAUGCCCCAUCACAGAGUGCAGUGAACACCUGGAUGAAACAACUGUCCUCUAUAACCUGCCCCACGAUGACAUCAUCAAGUAUAAAUACUUCCUGGAACUCAGCCGCAUUGACUCCAGCACCAAGCCAUGCCCUCAGUGCAAGCACUUUACAACCUUCCGGAGGAGAGGCCACAUUCCUACCCCUGCCAAAUUGGAGAACAAAUACAAAAUCCAGUGUCCAUCUUGCCAAUUUGUCUGGUGUUUCAAGUGCCACUCUCCCUGGCAUGAAGGUGUUAACUGCAAAGAAUACAAGAAGGGGGACAAGCUGUUACGUCACUGGGCCAACGAAAUCGAACACGGGCAGAGGAAUGCCCAGAAGUGUCCAAAAUGCAAGAUCCACAUCCAGAGGACCGAAGGGUGUGACCACAUGACCUGUUCACAGUGUAACACUAAUUUCUGUUACCGUUGUGGGGAGAGAUACCGCCAGCUCCGCUUCUUUGGAGAUCACACAUCAAACCUCAGUAUCUUUGGAUGCAAAUACCGCUACCUCCCCGAGAGACCACAUUUAAGGAGAUUAGUGCGAGGUUCUGUCUGUGCUGGAAAACUACUCAUUACACCCCUAAUAUUGGUUCUGGGACUGGCACUGGGAGCCAUAGCUGUUGUAAUAGGUUUAUUUGUGUUUCCUAUCUAUUGCCUUUGUAAAAAGCAGAGGAAAAGGUCACGGACAGGUAUGCCCUGGUGAGGACGGACAUUACUCGCCUGAACUGAGCUGGUCCUGCAAGGGCUAUCCAUGUUUUGUGCAACAGAGCAAUACAGUGCUGGUUACAGCAUCAAAGCCACCGCCCUGGAAGAAGAAUGGGGGCUCUCCUGCCAUCUUCCCUCAGCUGAAAACACUACUGCAGACCAGAAAGCCUCUUUGCUCUGGUGCACUCUCAACAAGAUGGGGCCCCCUGACUGCUGCUUUUUAAAUAUUUUUGGUUUGGGUUUUUUUGGUUAUUACUUUGGAAGGGUUUUUUUGAGUCUAAGUUUCUGAACCAGACAAUCCAAGUCUGUAUUGUAGCCACAACUCUACUACCGAUCUGGCCUGUGAAGAAAGUGUUUAACUGCUAACAUGUGCUCGUUUAAUUUCAGUGUCGGCCUUUAAGGGGGAAAUGCUUAGAGGUAUUUGGACUCUUACUGUAUACUGAGCAUACUACUUUUGGUAUUAAAAACUACUUCUGUAAAUAACUUCCAUCACACAGCAUUCUGUUCAGCAUACCAAAACCCCAUCACAUGCCAGAGCACGACAGCUGGUUAUCUUCUGAGUCCUCCUGCUAGUGGAGUGCACAUUGCCACCGCCAAACUGCAGUGCCUCAGAGGGAAAUACACUUAGUACUGAAGCGCCGUGAUGCUUAAGAAUAUGGUGAUUAGUGUCACUUCAGUAAUUUAUUCAUGACAGUCUAUUAAUAUUAAGGGUGGGGGUGUGACAAGAUUUCUUACAACAGGACUUCAUUUUUAAAUUCUCACAGUACAGAAAAAAUUUGAAGGGUUUAGAUAACAAGAUGUGUCAGUGGCCUAAUCUGUCCUAAGAUCCCUGAAGUGUGUUUGCAGAGAAGCUGGAAACCUGCUCUUUUAUUCUAACUUGGAAUAGGAUACACAUGUUACACACUACCUAGGUGAGAAUUGACUUGAUGACAUUUUAUAACCUAAAUAGCACAUUUUGUUUGUUCCCUUGAGUAGGCUACUACUACAUAAGUCUUGGAGUAUCCACUGAUGUCUCAUGAGGAAAAUCUGUGAAUCCAGGGUAAGGGAAGCGAUCAUAAAUUCUUAGAAGACCACUUCAUUCUUACUUUCUGUUUCCAGUGUUUCUCUUCCUGGUGCAGGACAGUUCUGAAGAGAAUAGCUAUGUUUUUUCUUCUUUUCUUCCACUGUUUGCUACCAAACCUCUUUCUCAGUGCAUCAUGACAAAAGCAAUGUAAUUCAGCAUAAGGAAUCAGUUACUGAGAAUUUUUACACUUCUAAUUUUAAUCCAAAUUUAUCAUACAAAUAUAACUUAAAAGAAAAAACUAGAAUAAAUUUGUUUAGACAGAACACUGAAACAAUAAAGAAAGGAACUGAAUAAGAAAAAUACCUACUUCAUACUGUAAAAAUACAAGCUAAUCUUAGAGGAUUGGAUUUGUACUGUGAAGAUAUUUCUUUUCAGUGUGUGUGUUUGAAGAUACACACAUAUUUAUAUAUAUGUUUGUGUAUAUAUGAUGAAAGGGGAAGAAGGAAGAUGGGAAAUGUCCUUGAGAGUCUACUGACUUCAAAAUUUAGGUUUGCAAAUAAGGUAUCGUUUAAGGGGAUGUACUUUGUACCACUUUCUUUGAAAAUUGUUGUGAAAUCUGAAUCCAGUUGUAAUUUUUAAGCAAAUAGUGUUCUGCCCCACCAACUUAAUACUGUUAUAAGAUACUUUGACUUCAAAGCCUCAGUGAAAGAAGCUGAUGACUUUUGUUUACCUGGAAACACAAGUAUCAGCUUACCAUAGUUGGCUAGUAUGCUUGUUUUCUGUCAGCUUCUGUUUUUGUUUUCUUGCAGUUUUUUCUUCAAGCACACCAUACUAGUCAAUAGCUAAUAAUUUCCAUUUGAAUUUAAGGGCAUGCUGACCCUCUUAUCCUAACAGUAGGAAUAGUACUUUUCAAAGAUAUGCAAAUUAAGAAGGGAAGCAAUGAGAUUUAGAAAUAAAAUUCAGAACCUAUUGUCAAUGCAAAUUCGUCUGCUAUUUAGACUUACUUUCUUCUGAGACAUAUCAGUUUUCUAUUUGUGUUCUGUCUGAAGUUGUAAGCUGCCUUAAAAUUGGUCUUAGUUUUGAGUGUGUUUUCUGAGGCUAUACAUAUCAGUUGUCUUUGGCUUACUCAGGGAUUUUUAUUCCUCUCUUUAAAUGUCAAAUAAUGAAGAUAUUUUUGUAUUAUUUAGAAUAACCUUCAGACCUCAGAAAGCAAGAUAUAUAUAGAUAGAUUUGGGUUUGCAAUGUAGUCUAUAACUUGGUGUCAAACUAUUCCACUUGAGAAUAUUUUAGUACUUGAGAUUAUCUGUAAUUAACUCACAGUGGAUUAAUUUCCUUUCUUUUCCUGGUUCUGUAUAAAUGUGUGAGAUAUUCUUAUGGUCUUUGUAGCUGUUUUCACUCUGUCAUGUUUGCCAUUUUCAGUUUUUAACUAGAGUUCAGUAAGAUCUGAAAGAUAUUAGAAUAAAGAACAUAAAAGGGAAGAUAAUAGAUCUGCACUUACUUUUAUUCAGAAAGUAUGUCCUUGUGGAUGGAGGAAAGGAACAGACUCAGUUCCUACAUUAUCAUUUCAUCUAGGCCAUUUUGAUUUUAUCAGAACAGAUUAAAUCAGAGGGAAAUGGUUCUUCAUUUUCUGUACAGAGCAGAAAGAGACAUCUUUGACCUUGUAAAGAUGAGUAAGACUGUGCUUUUUGAGGUAAAGUUGAGGUAAGUUGAGGUAAAAAAAAAAAAAGGAAUUAUAAUAAUUUUUGCUUUUCUAUAGAACAGGGUAAACGUUCAAGAACCAGGCAGAAUAAGGAUAUGGAAAUAUUUUUCCAUCUGUAUAAAAAUAUUCCCACAUGAAAAGUACAUAAAUACAAUUUUUAUCGAUAUUAUAUAACACAGCCUACACUAAAGCAUGAGAAUUAGCUCUGUACAAAGUUUCAUUUUGGUAAACAUUAGCUUUUAAGCAACUCAUCGCAUCAAACCUUAUAUGCAUCAAAGCCACAUCAUUUGUUUUAAAAGCAUUAAUUUAUUCAUUUAAAAAAACUGAAUGAACAUUAUAAGGAAAUUAUGUAAGUGUAUUAAGUUUUUGUUACUACUCUAAAAAAACCUUCAGGCUGUUCUACUCCAUCUUCAUUAGCAGAAAACUUCAUCAGGCAGCUAUAUUAAUCUGCUAAGGCAGAUUUCGCACUACUGUAUGCUGAUCAUCACUGGUCACUGUGUUCGCUUUCAUGACAGUUAAUAUUAAGGAUUAUUUAUCUUUGUGCAAAGCUGUUGCUCAUCAGUACCUGUGUUCAGACUAGGAAAUGCUUAAAUCCAUUCUACACCACCCUUCCGUUUCCAGCUUGCCUGGGGCUGCAUUUGCCUGCGUGCAAUCAGAGCUGUAUGCAGUCAGAGCUGGGGCUCUGACACCCUGUGGUGUCGCGGUGUGUGUGUUCCAUCCCACUCCUGCUGGGAGCGCUGGCUGCACACGCCAUCCCACGGGGGUGAAAGGGCCGCUUUCCCUUUCUCCACUAUGCGGAAUUUACUUGUAUUUCAUUAAUGGGCUCAAGUCCCAGGGCUGCUCAGCCAUAGUAGCAGCAGGAUCAUUUUCUGUCCUGUGGCAUCUCAGAGCAUAGUAAGGUAUAUGUAUAGAGCUUAUCCAGGAGCUUGUGACUGCAAAGUAAUUGUGCUUUUCCUUAUGUCAGUGUAUUAGUCAGUGAGAGUUAUAGGUAGAGCAGGAAUACAAGCAAGAGGCAGAAAACCAAUUCCAAGUAGCUUUGUGCUGAGCUUACCCAUCAGGCUUGGUUCUGUACAGAAGUCAUUGACUCUGCAGUUCUCACCACCUCUAUAAUAAACAGCAUAUUCCUACCUGUUCACUGUCAUUAAAGUACAGUGCACUUUGAGUGAUCUGUUAUCUUCCUUUGAGGCAGUACAAAUGUGUAAGGGAAGAUUUUGUGUUUGGUUUUGGUGCUCCUAAUGCUGACUUUGUAACUCUUCCUGGUGUGUUAGGGGUUUUUGUAAUUUACACCUAUUUAUUCAUUAUAAGAGUUUUACUUUAUUAAAAAUAUUAAUUUGUAGGGACUACUGCCAAUUUUAACUAGAAGGCAUUUUGGAUCACCAUCAGGUUUUUUUAGCCAAGAGGCUUUUUGCUCUUCCAAAGACUGUCACUGUUUGUGUGAUGUGAAAUGGUGUGUGGGUGAGGCAGUAAUUCUCCCAGAGGAUAAAAAUUCACCAGUGAUGGAAUGGUUUCUUCAUGCCAGUUAGAUUUGAGAAACCAUUUAAUAUUCAAUGGCCAAAUAGUUUGCCAUGCAGAUUCUUGGUUGGUUUGUUAGAUUUUUUUAAAUUUAGCUGUGUUAUUUUGUUUCUUGAGCAAACCUUAGAUCAUAAUUUUUGGUAUGCUGAUUGUGCAGGUUCAAGUUGUGGAUAAGAACCACAGAUUGCUGUUACUGUUAUAAUCUAUAUUAGAUCUCUGCAGAUGGAAAGAAUCCUACAUGAGGAAACUAUUAGAUAGUUUCUUACUUUCUCUUAAUUUUUAAGCCUUAUAGUUGCAGUGAGUCAGCUUCAGUCCUGUCAUCAGUCACAGCCCCAUUAAAAACCAGAGAAAACAAUUUUUAUGCCAGUGUAGAAUUUGGUCACGAAUACUUUCAUAAAAACAUCUGGAAGCAUGUUGAUAGCCGUGGAAAACCUGGUUCACUUCUUAAGAAGUGCAAAGUACUAUGGAGCCACUUCUCUCAUUAGCAGAAUGAUGCCAAUGUUUUUAGUAAGCGCAGGAGAGGGAAGGAGUUGGGAAGAAUUUCCAAACAACAUUCUCAUUAGAGCAGAUUGUCAGGAGAGGGGAUACUAGCUUUUAGUAUAAUAAAAAAACCUCAAUCCUUUGAGUCACUAAUAAAAUUAGAAACAACACCCAAAGACAGUGUGAGAUAACAUUUCUUCAAAUUCUGCUUCCUUUGAUGUAACAAUAGCACACUGUAAGAAGUGGAAUUGCAGCUGUUCAAUAUUUUUAGGACUUAACACAUAAUAAACUUGAGGACACACAACAUCUAAAAAGUUAUGUUGCUGGUAGUUUAUCUUUGGUAGUUUAUCUUGCUACUGCUACAUUAAAAAACAGCUGAGCCUUGAUUUGAUUGAAAGACAGUGUUUUGACUGGUGUUACAGCUUGAGCAGUGCUUAACACCCCAAAACAUUUUUGUAAGAAAACUAACAAAUGCAGUUGCUUGCAGACUGAAGCUUCCUCGCUGAUCCUUCCUUACCUUUCUGUGCAUAAGAGUUCAGGAACCAUGUGUUCUGUGUGCAGUAAGGAACAGCUGCACAUAUUAGGCAGUUAAUCACUGAUGCUUCUCUUCUCUUGGCCUAAUAGCGAAAUACCAUAAGGUAAGGAAAUGAAAACUGAUCUUAGAGUGCAUGCUCCGAUUUCGAAGUUAAAAAUGUGUAAUAAGUUUUAAUUACUCCAUAGCAAAAAAUAGAUUCAUACAUUUUGAAACAUAAUUCCAGCUGUUUGUUUAUAAAUCUGUCUGUAUAACACAAUAGUUAUAAUAGUGUUGCAUUUAUUAAAAUAUGCAUAUUGUGCAAAGGAAAACAUUUUUUGGUGCUUAUUUGGCUUAUCAAAACAUGAAAAAUUAAUCUGAAGUGUUUUGGAUGGAUAAAAGUCGGAAGAGAAGCUUAUUGUGUAAAAAAUAUUUGUUUAGCAUAAAUGUGAGUUUUGCACACACCUUAAAUACAGUUGCAUGCCAACCCCAUUCAGUGUUCACCUUGUUGAAAAUUUGUCAGAUUGAAAACAGUAUUUUUGAAAUCUUUAACUUACUGUCACAGAGCAUGAUGUUACUAACACAAUGCCACAUUUACCUCAUUUUUAGAAGGAAAUAUAUUUACCAAAUCUAGAGAAGCUGUUCAGGUGUUUUAAACCUGUCCUGUAAAACUAUGAUGCUGUCAGAAAACAUUUUCAUGCCUUAUGCAAGCUCUGGAUGAGUGGACAGAUUCAGUCUUUAGUCACGGACUAUGUUUUUGCAUAAAAAAUGCACUCUGAAGAGUUCUUCAUGUCAAUUUGCAUCCUGCUGCUUUGUGUCCAGAAAUUGCAAGGACAGGGAUAGAUUUACAUUUCACUGUUUUGCCAUCUCAUAAUGUUUACUAUGUUUCCAUUCUUAUACACUUUGUUUGUAUGCUCUCCUCCUACUUCUAAAUUUUGUAAUUUGAAACUGACUUGUGUAAAUGGCUGAAGAUCAAAUUGGACCUGUAAAAUGUGAUCUCGUAAGAAGUUGCUUUGUUAAUGCUUUGCUGAGCUAUAAGCAAAAGAUUUCUUUUGUUGUAUUUACAUUACUAAAAGCAAGUUGCUGUAAUCUAUUUUUCUUCAGAGCUUUUAAUUUUGCGUUUUUAAAAAUGCAGUUUUUAAACAGCACUCAUCUUUGUUACAUAACUAACCAUCUGAGUACAAAAUAACAUUUUUGGGUAUUUGUGAAUUCUUGUCACUAUGGUAGAGAUAUAGAGCAUACUGCUGAAAAGAGAGAAAAAUAUCUCUGAGGAGUGUGUCCAGGCUGAAUUUAAUUCCAUAACAAUUCAAUGAGAAGUCCUCCCUUGCCCCCAUCUCUUUUUUUUGUAUCUUAGGGUAAAGGGUUCCCUUUAAAAUAGGUUUAAUUUGAAUGGCAAGGCGUGAGGGUAGUAAGAUAAUAGAUCAUAUCCUUUUUAGUGUUCAAGCCUCUGGCACAAUUAGGAUGCUGGCCAAACACUGUGGAAUUAUUAAGAAAGCAAUUUCUAGUUCUGCAUUUGGGCAACACACAGGCUAGAUGCAUGAGUGAUAGGAAUGUUUUGUAGUAUCUUUAUGGGAUGACUUAAGAACUUAUAAAAACUGGAGGAAGGCAAUGCCCAUUAAAUCAACACUUGAAUUCCAGUAUUUAGUGUUUUGUAUAAUGAGGGAUUUUAAAUGUGUAAGUGCCUUAUUGCGUGAAACAAAUGAAAGAUGUUCAUACCCCUCAAGAAAGCAAUAUGGGAAAUCCUGUUCUGUGGACUCAUACAGUUAUAUUAAGCCAAAGUAGUGAGUAUUGGUUUGCUCAGAAAGUUGACAAAUGUUAUAUUAGGUAAGAAGUUAGCCUAUCAUAAAAGUAAUCUGGCAAGCUUAUUUUUAUUCUGAUGAUGUCAUUUCUGUGGGGUUUUUUUAACUUACUCUUUGCCCCCAUCCCCUCCCCGACUCCCAUCUUCCUUUAGAUUUCUGCAGUAAUGCAUCUUAAAUUGUUGUUAAAGUUCAGCUCCUCCAACAUAAGAAGCCAUGAGUUUUCAACCAGUGAAGGAAAUGCAGCCUUUUGCAGAAGAGAAUUCAGCCAAAGUUCAGUUAGAGGACAGCCUCUUGUGGCUGUACCUGCCAGCUCGGGGGCUCACUCAUGCCUUGUUCUCACUAAUUGUUGGAGGUGGUAGCGCCAAGGAAUGUGGCAUGUGGAGGUACACUCUAACUAGGCUGGGACUUAAAACAGGUUGAGAGCAUUUCAUUGUUGUCCAACUAAAACUAACAUAUCCUGUUAAUAAAAGUUGGUAACUCCUCUGAGGUGGGUACCAGUGGGGACGGAACCAUCACUUGAGAUGGUGGUGCAGCUCUGGGAUCUCUAUCCAGCCCUUCGCUGCAGGGUGGGAGGUGUGAUCUGGAAAAAUAUUACUUAUUUUGCCAUCUUCUGAUAGCUUUAAAAUGGGUGUUGAGGGCUUUAUGUCUUCUUCCUUCCUUUUCCAAAAGACAGUGGAAUUUUACCCUUUAUGUCCCAGACUUACUAAAAGACCUGUUUGUUCAUACUAGCAUUGGUGCCACUAUUGUCCAUCUAUUAUUGAAGUCAGGAAUAAGCUACUUUUCUAAAAUGACCUUGAAUUUCAUGAGCUUAUGGUAGCAAUUACCUGUCAAAAAAAAAAUUAAGUAUAAAAGGUAAUUGUCAGAAGGAAAUUGAAUUGAUGGGGGGUAAGAAGAAAAAUUAUGCUUAGAAGGUCUAUUUUUUAUAGAUUCAUUGUCAUAAGAUAGUUCUAUUAGGUUCAAUUUCUUCCACUGAGAAUUUAUAAAGGAAAGGAGAAGAUGAGUGUCCCUUUGAACCUUUUAUUUUCCUGAAAUUCUUGAGUUUUUCAGAACUGUAGGAGGGGAUUUUUUCCACCAUGGAGUUACUAAUUGAUAAUAUAGCUGUCACAGUGUUAUUUUGAACACUACUGUGACUGUUUAGUCAGGAUUACAUAUCUGAAGAUUUUGGUGAUAGGGAAUUUGCUUUAAAGCCAUACUGCAAAACAAUUGUAAGUGAAUUACCACAUAUCUUAAUUACUUCUUUUUCAGCAUUAUCUCAAAAUUUUAGGCAUUAAAAAUUUGAUCCAUCUAUAAUGCAUUAAAUAGAAGAUUCAUGUAUCAAAAUACUCCUUCAACUUUGAGUUACUGUUUAUUUUUUACUAGUUAUUUCCUUAAAUGAAUUGUUUCUCUCCUAGAACCAGCAGACACAACCAAAAUGCUGAUAAGAUUUCCCCAUUAUCUUUGCCUUGCAUUUAGCUGAUACUAUAUUUUCUGUUGCAUAGUAUUGCAACAAUGGUCUUCAUGCUGUAAUAACUUGAUGAAAAUAUUCAGUAGUCUCGGGCAAUAUUUUACAAAUAAUUCAUCUUCAAGUUGGUAUUUUAAAUACUAAUAAUCACUGUUGAGUGCUACCUAUGUGGGUAGCAUACCCAAUGUUUUGUCAAUGUUUUGUAGGGAUUAUUUCUUGCUACCCUCUUCAGAGUGCCUUUUCAUUUAGGAGGUCUAGAAGAUGGUUCAUUAAAGUCUUCUGUUGAAUCUACCAUAGUAUUGUCUGAUCUUCAAACAUGUCCUGAUGAAUGUAUAACUAAAAUCUUGUGCUUUAAAAAGCUGUAGUAGACACAGGUUGUAUAUGCACAUGCAUGGAUACAAGGGAAGGUGUUCUGCCAAUGUUUGUCCUGCUGGACAGGACCUUUCGAAAGUAAGUGAAUUUUUUAACAGUUUUAUUUUCAAAAUGUUACCUCACUAGUAUUCAGUAGUAGAUAUGUCUCUGUAUUGCUUCACUUUGCUAAAUACAAUCACGGCUGUUUAAUUUUUAAAAGACUGCGAUGAAUCUGGUGUUCGUAUGAGACUGAAUUUCGUAAGACAAAACUUACGGUACUUUGUUUCCUUUAAAGGCAUUCCUUUCACUUACACUGACAUCCCAGGCCCCUGUUAGAACAGACUGAAAACGUACUUCCCCAUGAUGAAAUGGAAGAAUGUACAGUUGCAUUUGAGUGCACUCCACCCAUCUUAGAAUCAAUAUUCAGAAAUGGGGGCGGGGGACAGCAGAUUUGAUUAAUUGUGGGGAGACAUACAUUGUAGAAUUUGUUCACUUGCGCACAAGGGGUUUUACAAUGUCAUCUAGUAAUGUCUGCCUAAUAAAGUUUUGAAAAAGAAAAAUUAAA